UCUUGAUUUAACCUUUCAAUCCUCCCCGUCGCGACCUCAUCUGCAGUACUUACAAUGGCGACCAACAUUACAUGGCACCCAUCUCUUUCGCGCGAGGAGCGCAACACAUACCGCAAGCAGAAGGGCUUCACCAUCUGGUUUACCGGGCUGUCUGCGUCGGGCAAAUCCACCAUUGCGACGGCGCUUGAGCAGCACCUUCUGCACCUUGGAUUCGCAGCAUACCGUCUGGAUGGCGACAAUGUGCGCUUUGGCCUGAACAAGGACCUGGGAUUCUCAGAGAAGGACCGCAACGAGAACAUUAGGCGGAUAGCAGAAGUCGCCAAGCUCUUUGCAGACUCUUCCACAAUCGCCAUCACAUCUUUCAUCUCGCCCUAUACCGCCGACCGCAAGCAAGCGCGCGACCUGCACGCCAUAACGACGGGCACCGACGCGCCACUCGCCUUCAUCGAGGUCUUUGUCGACCUCCCGCUCGAGGUAGCUGAGGCGCGCGACCCCAAAGGCCUGUACAAGAAGGCGCGCGAAGGCAAGAUCCCCGAGUUCACGGGCAUCAGCGCGCCGUACGAGGCGCCUGAGAACCCUGAAAUCCAUAUUCGGAGCGACCAGAAGAGCGUCGAGGAUAGCGUCAAGGAGAUUGUCGAGUAUCUGCAGUCAAAGGGGCUGUUGGAGCUGCAGAAGUAGAGGGUUGUAUGAAAACUUUGAUGAGGCUGGGCGGGAAAAGAAUAGAAGCGCUACUUAUGAUGCGAAAGAUGGGUACUGUGCGCGAUUCGGAUUAGAGCUUGGAAUGGAAAAGCGUGUUGAGAGUAGACAUAUCAAUGUUUUUUUUGGAUGCUCACCCUAAGUCUAUACCGAGUG